ACAAAGAAAAAAAUGGAUCCAUGCUGUCAAAAAUACAAAAGGACCUUGGGCAUCCAAAAACGACUAUAAACCUCCAAACUGAUUUGUUUGGACGUUUGGUUGUAGAGAACAGGGCUCCUGAAAUGACCAGACUACAUCUGAUAAAACCUAGCAAGGCUUGCUGGGGAAAGCCACUGACUCAAUCACAGCGUAAACUGAUGGCUCAAGUUCGUUCUGCAAAUGCUGAUGAUGAAGUAGCACUUGUGGGCUCUAUUGUCAUAAAACAGAAAGACUUAAUAACACUGACAAACCUUUGCGAGGUGGAAGGAAAUGUGCUGAAUUCCUGCUUCUGUGUGCUGCAACAGAUUGCACUCUCCCAGAAUGUGGACAUCUAUCCAGUUGACAGCCAUGCCAUAGUGACAUGGUUGCCACCAAUUUGUGCACAUCCCAUGGACCACUUACCUCCUGAAAUUAUGAGCAAGGAUGCUGUGGUCUUCCCAUCUUGGGUACCAGGGCAUUGGAUGCUGUGUAUCAUGAAGCCAAAAUUGCGUGAAUUGUAUUUUCUCAAUUCCCUGCAAACUCCAGGUUUUGGAGAUGGCACUUACAUUGCCAUAUACAGAGAAAUUGCUCAGAGCCUGUGUCCUGGGACAUGGACAGAAUUCUAUUCUGAGGACCUUGGGGAUAUACCUCGACAAGAGAGAGUCUUGCAGCUGUGGAGUUUUCAUUCUAAUGUAUGUCAUCUUGGGGGGCACAUUUGACUUUUCAGAGUCAGACAUACCAAGUAUAAGAAGAUGGUGGUCUGUCCUUUUGCUGAAGAAAUUCCCACCAAGAUCGGUCAUGGAAAUCCAGCAAAGAAAGAGAAGGCGGACUGACAAGCCACACAAAACUGUGGCAACUGUUGACCAACCCCUGAACAUACAGGAGGCGUG